UUGGCGCCCCAAGGGUUCAUGGGUAGCGUAUUUACAAAGGAGCCUCCUCCGCCAGCCCGUGCCACCGCUGCUAAUGAGAGCGGUCAUUAAGUAAAUGAGACAUCGCCUUUAGCUGGCUUAGGAGUUCGCACACUAAGGGGAGAAGAUAUUUAAUUGAAACCCGCACACAGGCUUCCCCACACGUGACCGCGGUGAGGGAGGCAGCUGCCUUCCCCUCCCCCGUCCUCCCUACCCCCCCCAUGUAAAUUUCAUGAUUGCUUUCCGUGAUGUCAUUUUGAAAGAGGACAGACAAUAGCUGUGGGGAAAGAAAAUGAGUUCCGGGGCAAGCUGCUGACCCAGAGGUGGACACAGGGAGACAAGGCCAGCAGCUGCAGGACCAAGAAAAGUUUCCUGUGCAGAUACAACAAGAUGAGCUUAGAAAAUGAUGACAAGCGAGCCCGCACACGGUCCAAGGCCCUCCGAGGACCCCCUGAGACCACAGGUGCAGACCUCAGCUGUCCCACUCCAGGAUGCACAGGCUCAGGACAUGUCCGGGGCAAGUACUCCAGGCACCGAAGUUUACAGAGCUGCCCUCUGGCCAAGAAGAGGAAGCUGGAGGGUACUGAGGCUGAGCACCUGGUAUCCAAGAGGAAGUUGCACCCCCUGAGAUUGGCUCUGGAUGAGGGCUACCGUAUGGACAGUGAUGGCAGUGAAGACACUGAGGUGAAGGACGCCUCUGUUUCGGAUGAAUCGGAAGAACCUCUGGAGGAGGCUGAGGCUGAGAUGUCAGGACAGGAGGAGAUUCAUCACUCUGAGCCAGCUGAAGGAAAGAACCCCAUCAAGCCCCAUUUUGGAUCCAACCCCACCAGCAGCCCCUCUACUCUUUCAAAGGGCAGCUACAGCAGCUACCAAGGAAUCAUUGCAACUUCCCUCCUAAACCUAGGCCAAAUUGCUGAAGAGACCCUUGUUGGGGAGGAUUCAGUCCCCAUGAACAAGUCAGGCCCCACUGUUGUCCAACAACUUCAGGAUGAGACUGCAGUCGGAGCUAACAGUGAUGAGGGUGAAAAAGACCUCUUUAUACAGCCAGAGGAUGUGGAGGAAGUCGUUGAAGUCACCAGUGAGCGUUCCCAGGAGCCACGUACCCAGUCUCUGGAGGAUGUGGCCAGUGAGGAGUCAAAUAAGCAGAAAGGUGUCCUGGGUCAUGAGGAGGAAGAAGAUGAGGAGGAGGAGGAUGAGGAGGAGGAAGAAGAGGAAGAGGAGGAGGAGGAAGAGGAGGAAGGAGAGGAACUAGAAGAAGAGGAAGACGAGGAGGAGGAAGAAGAGGAGGAAGAGGAGGAAGAAGAGGAGGAAGAGGGGGAGGAGACAGCUCCUAAUAUAAUCUUUGGGGAAGACACUUCCCAUACCUCUGCUCAGAAGGCUGCUCCUGAGUCCCGGCGCCCAGAACUACCCAGUCCCAAGUCUGAGUACUCUGUCAUUGUAGAGGUUCGUUCUGAUGAUGACAAGGAUGAGGACACACACUCUCAGAAGUCAACAGUCACAGAUGAAUCAGAGAUGUAUGACAUGAUGACCCGUGGGAACCUGGGUCUUCUGGAACAGGCCAUUGCUCUGAAGGCUGAGCAGGUGCGUGCUGUCUGUGAGCCAGGCUGUUCGCCUGCUGAACAGGGCCAGUUGGGCCCAGGAGAGCCAGGGAAGAUGGCAAAGCCCUUGGACAUGGUGAGGAAGAGCUGCUACAGCAAAGAUCCUUCCAGAGCUGAGAAGCGUGAGAUCAAGUGUCCGACACCUGGCUGUGAUGGCACUGGCCAUGUUACUGGGCUGUACCCUCAUCACCGCAGCCUAUCUGGUUGCCCCCACAAGGAUAGGAUCCCUCCAGAAAUCUUGGCCAUGCAUGAGAAUGUGCUGAAGUGCCCCACUCCUGGCUGCACAGGCCAAGGCCAUGUGAACAGCAAUCGCAACACACACAGAAGUUUGUCUGGGUGUCCUAUUGCUGCUGCUGAAAAGUUAGCCAAAUCUCAUGAGAAGCAGCAGCCGCAGACAGGAGAUCCUUCAAAGAAUAGCUCCAAUUCAGAUCGGAUUCUCAGGCCCAUGUGCUUUGUGAAGCAGCUUGAGGUUCCUCCUUAUGGGAGCUACCGACCCAAUGUGGCUUCCACCACGCCCAGGGCCAACUUGGCCAAGGAGCUGGAAAAGUUCUCCAAGGUCAACUUUGACUACGCAAGUUUUGAUGCUCAGGUUUUUGGCAAACGUAUGCUUGCCCCAAAGAUUCAGACCAGCGAAACCUCACCCAAAGCCUUCCAAUGCUUCGACUACUCUCAUGAUGCCGAGGCUGCACACAUGGCUGCCACUGCAAUCCUGAACCUCUCCACUCGAUGCUGGGAGAUGCCAGAGAACCUCAGCACAAAGCCACAGGACCUCCCCACCAAGACUGUGGACAUUGAAGUAGAUGAAAAUGGAACUCUAGACUUGAGCAUGCACAAAAACCGAAAGCGGGAAAAUGCUUUCCCCAGCAGUAGCAGCUGUAGCAGCAGCCCUGGUGUCAAAUCUCCAGAUGUCUCCCAGCGCCAGAGCAGCACCAGUGCUCCCAGCAGCUCCAUAACCUCGCCCCAAUCCAGCCAGACCUCCCGCCAGGAUGAGUGGGACCGACCCUUGGACUAUACCAAACCUAGCAGGCUGCGAGAAGAGGAGCAUGAGGAGUCAGAGCCAGCAGCACAUUCUUUUGCUUCCUCUGAAGCAGAUGACCAGGAGGUGUCAGAAGAGAACUUUGAGGAACGGAAGUACCCGGGAGAAGUCACCCUGACCAACUUUAAGCUGAAGUUUCUCUCCAAGGACAUAAAGAAGGAGCUACUCACCUGUCCCACUCCUGGCUGUGACGGCAGUGGCCAUAUCACCGGGAACUAUGCCUCCCAUCGCAGCCUCUCUGGUUGCCCUCUUGCUGACAAGAGCCUCAGAAACCUCAUGGCUGCCCACUCUGCUGACCUCAAGUGCCCCACACCUGGCUGUGAUGGCUCUGGCCACAUAACAGGGAACUAUGCUUCCCACCGGAGUUUAUCAGGCUGCCCACGUGCUAAGAAGAGUGGACUCAAGGUGGCGCCCACCAAGGAUGACAAGGAAGACCCUGAGCUGAUGAAGUGUCCAGUUCCAGGCUGCGUGGGGCUCGGCCACAUCAGCGGCAAAUACGCCUCUCACAGGAGUGCUUCUGGCUGCCCGCUGGCCGCCCGGAGGCAGAAAGAGGGUGCUCUCAAUGGUUCAUCUUUCUCCUGGAAGUCACUGAAGAAUGAGGGCCCUACUUGCCCGACCCCGGGCUGCGACGGCUCUGGCCAUGCCAACGGCAGCUUCCUCACCCACCGGAGUUUGUCUGGCUGUCCUAGAGCAACCUUUGCUGGGAAGAAGGGAAAACUCUCAGGGGAUGAGGUUCUCAGUCCAAAGUUCAAGACAAGUGAUGUGCUGGAGAAUGACGAGGAGAUCAAGCAGCUGAAUCAGGAGAUACGAGACCUGAACGAGUCCAAUUCGGAGAUGGAGGCUGCCAUGGUGCAGCUGCAGUCCCAGAUUUCUUCCAUGGAGAAGAACCUGAAGAACAUCGAGGAGGAGAACAAGCUUAUUGAGGAACAGAAUGAAGCCCUGUUUCUGGAAUUGUCUGGGCUGAGCCAGGCCCUCAUCCAAAGUCUUGCCAACAUCCGCCUUCCACACAUGGAGCCAAUAUGUGAACAGAAUUUUGACGCCUAUGUGAGCACCCUCACUGACAUGUACUCCAAUCAGGACUGCUACCAGAAUCCGGAGAACAAGGGACUUCUGGAAACCAUCAAGCAAGCUGUGAGGGGCAUUCAGGUCUAGGCUGCACUGGGCAGAGGUUCCCCUGCUCUGCUCCUCACAGUGGGGAUCCUCUGACUCAUAGCUACUUCUAGUUGGCAGCCUGGGUACAGCCUCAGGCAGCUUACCCAAAGGGGAGCCUGGAAAUCAGUGUCUCCUAUGAUGUCCCCAUCAGGCCCAGGUGCAAAGACUUCCCCAUGUGAGUGCCUGGGGAUACUGAAGUAUUACAAAGUGAUUUAUUAUUUUUUUUGAAAGAAAUCUGAAGAGCAGCUCAAAGUCUCCAGUUGAAGCUCAUGGACAAGGUUCUCAGGGAAGUUUUGGAGUUUGCAGCCACAGUAUUCCAUUGUCUGUCAAGGCUGGCAAGGCAGCCGUGGGCUGGGUGGGUUUUAGUCUCAGUUGGAAGCACACCUGGGCUUCUGACUCUGCUCACUGAAGCCCAUGUGGCAAGUACAUUUUCUGUUUUCAUUUAAUUCAGCUUUGUGUUAAAGGUGCACAACAUUCUGCUCCAAAGGUGAAUCUAGGAAUAGACCUUCCAGAUGGCAGUCUACACAGUUGACAAGCAUCAUAGCCAGUCAGCUGAAGGAAUUAAAAUUUUUUUUGUAAACCUGGAGGCCCUGAAAAAUCAGCCCAUAGCCUGUGCAGCAGGCAUUCAGAGGCCAUUGCAGACUUGCUCCUUCCAGGCUAUAGUUUUUAGACUCCUGGUCUUGGCUCUAAGCCUAGGACCACGGGGCCAGGCCUUUCAUUCCUGCACCUCCACCCAGGUCCCUAACCCAUCAUUGUUACCUUUCCCUGGGUGGGUUUUACCUCUGUAUCCAAGGUGACCAAGGUGGGGACAGUGAGAUAAGGGGUAAAUUCCUAAUGGGAGACCACCAAGUUUUCACUUCUUUUUAAAUCCAUUCAAGAUGUGAAGAAGGUAAAUUUUAAUUUAAUGUGUUAAAAACACGAUGUUCCUACUGUGUAAAUAGAGUCUAAGUCCAUUGUGACUGCAAUUCCAAAUUAGUAUUUAAAAGUAGAGAAAUUGCACUUCCUGGAAGACACUGAAAGUAGCUAGUUUAAAUAUUCUGUAAAUUAUUUAAUUUUGUCAGGAUGUAAGUAUUUAUAUUCACACCCUUUUAUGUUAAUGCUUGCUAUUUAUUUUUAUUUAUUGAUUUUAUACUUUUGCAAGUAGACCACACACUAGGGCACCAUAAGAGUGAAAUAAGUGAAAUCAAAGCAAAAACAAGUAUUUGACUAUAAGAUAGGCCAGAAAAUCUUGAUAUAACUUCUAGUUAUAAUUUUGAUGCAACUGAGUUAUUUUUUAUAUAUUUUGUUAUUUAUUAUUUUAAUAAUGGAAUUUUUUUAAAAAAAGUAUUUUGUAACUGAGGAAUUUUGAUAAUUUGGGUUCCCCCUCAUUGGUCCAGCAGAGAGAAAGGUAUUCUGGUUUUCUUUUUUCCUUUUGGGUUCCUUUUCUCAGGCCGAUAACAGCAAAUGAAAUUCUGUAUUUAUUAUUAUUUAAGUGUAGAGCAGAUGUGUGUGCUCUGGUGUGUUUCUUGUGUUGCGUUUGUGGAGGUUCUUAUGGCUGAGUCAUGUUGCUGUGAGGGAGUGCUGGCCAUGGUCAGUUCUGAGCGGCUGCUUGGAUUCACUGGCUGAGCUGCCCAGGACCUUGAUACCCCAAUACUGUGACCCUCCUUCCUCAGGAAACACGUUGGACCUACAGCACUUCAUGGUGUGUUUGGAGGAUGAUUUCUUAAUAAAAGUCUGACUGUGAGUA